AUGUCUGACAACGAUCCCGGUCAAGGUAGAAGCCUAGGUUUUGCCAUUAGAAACCUAUUCCGCUCUACAUCUUCCCCAUCUCCGUCUCCUCAACGAAGGGUGUCUCUCCUGAUCCGCCGAGGUAGGAGUGUCUUUGUCAACAAAAAUCCUUCCGAUCAGUCAACUCCCUUGUCUGGGCCCAAAAUGGACUCCGCUCAGCAAUUCGAUCCUGCCACAAUAAUUGACCUCUCUGGGUCGUCCCAGGGAGCAGCGCAUGGCACCUUUGAUAUCUUCGAGUGGUACCCACACUAUCAGAACUGCCAGCGAUACUUCCUGGACCAUGCACAACAUAGCGUCACCGUUCAAGCACUGUGCGCCUUUUUGAACAUUCGUCUACCCUUCCAACGGAUGCCGCACCCAGUUUCCAGCUCUUCUAGCAAAGCAUCAACACCUUCUGCAGAACUGGCGUCUUCUGCCUCCGAGUCCUCCUCGCAUCCAGCCGUCUCUGUGUCACUCAUCCCCUAUAUUCGACGUCUAGUAGCCACGGGCAUGGAUUCCCCUGGUGUUCUUCAAGGAUUCUUCGGCGAUGACUGGACCGCAGGCGUUGGAUAUCUCCACGAACAGGAACGUCGCAACUACCUCUUCGCUGCGAAGAGCGGCGGCUGGGCUGCCGUUAAGAGAGAUUACGAUAUGAAUCCUUUGGAGACGAUUCCCUUCCUGCGACCCCUGCAAGGCCCGCUGGAUUCCGAGAUCGAGGCCGCGGAGAGAAGUUGGAGUGAGUGGCUUGCAAUGGAAGAUUGGAUGGUUGGACCCCGAGCUCCCGACACUCUCCGAGAUUCCUGUUCACAUAUGUCGCGUCCUCGGAGCUCAGGAGGGUAA